AUGGACGAACCCAUCUCGCCGCGGCAGCCCGCGCCAUCGAUUGAGCAGGGCAGCCAGCCGGUCGGUCCCGUCUCUACCUCCCUAAACCACCUCGACAUGCGUGCCGAUCCCGACGCGCAGGCCACCGUCUCGGAUUUUCUCGAUUUCACCGAGUACCUUCCGGCCGAUAUUACGCGCUCCCUGACCCAGAUUGGGAAGCUUGAUGAGAACUACAUCGAUGCAUCGGGUAGUCUGCACGAUCUUACCACUCUCUGGGGUCAACUACCCGACCUCCCACCUGUCGAACGGACCGACCCUGUCGAACUCCGCGCUCAGAUUUCAGAAAACCUCCAUCAUGCCUUGAACUCGCGCGUCUUCUCCCUGGCCGAGGCUCAGCGCAUGGCUGAGAACAUCAACCGUCACUAUGCCCGCGCCAAAACCAUCCUCGGCAAACUCGAGACAAUGCUGGAGAAUUACCCCCCUGCGGAAGAGCAGAAGAGUCCUGUCGCGACCAAAUCGCCGCAAAUGUCACGGGCGCCCAAGAUAGCGAUGCGUGUGGACGGGCAAAAAGUGCGCAGGCAGCGAGUGCCGCGAAUCACGGUUCCAGGGGAGGUACUCGCCCCGUAUGACCUGAACUACGACGCAUACACCACAGGAGAGGACAGUAGCUCUGACGGGGGAGAGGGCGAUGAGGAAGGCCUGUCGAAUAGGCUGACCCCAGCUCCACAUACACGCAUCAAGGUGGUGAAGGCCUCGUCGAGGCCUCCGAAGCCUGGAAGGCCGCCUCGACCGAGGACCUCUGUGGUGCCGUCCAACCUACCGGGAGCUGGGCUGUCGACGAGCGCUGCGAUGGCCCAGCUAGCUCCCCCCCCAGAAAAUGCCGUCAUUGGCGGCCCUGACGCGCCUUGGGGCCAGCUCACUGCAUAUGAACUAGCUAGGCUCAGGAAACGGAUGAAAAAGAAUGCCGCCUGGACUCCGAGUGAUACUAUGGUUGCACGCGAGUUGAGCGCCCUUGGGAGGGGCGUGGAUGCUUUCAAAGCUGCAAAGCAGAAGGCUGAAGCGGAGGGGCGUGUGUUUGAGGGCCAGAUGCCGGUCCCUACCGUGGAUCCGGACACGGGCGAGAGGCGGAUGCCGCUUGGUGCUCUGACCAUGGAGACCCUGACGUCUGACGAGAAGAGCCUGAGUAACCGUGGGAUGAAGCUAAACGAGGCAAAGAAACUCAAGAGAGAGCUUUUGGCCAAGAUGGCUGCGGAGGAGGCUGAGGAGUCUGCCAGGAGAUUCAACGCCAUCGCGCGAACUCUCAUGUCAGACACCACUCAGGCCAGCGUUCAGGACCCUUCCAAGGCGCCCGGUAAGGCGAAAGCACAGCGGAAGCGCAAGAGAGAAUCCGGGCCCGAGGCUGACACCGAAAAGCUGGACACGGCCGAGGGGCAACCCCAGAGAAUCCAGAUUAAGCGCACCAAGACGGAGACUCCCGUCCCUCCGCCAGUCCUGACACCGGGCGGCUCACAGCUGCCUCUCGAGGUCCUGACGCAGCAAAACCAGCGUACGUCAAAUGCCGGCGUGCUGCAAUCGACGACGCCAAUUCCCUUACCGAUUCACGGCCAGGACCCAUCCAUCACGGCAAAGUCGGCCACAUCCGCGGCUUCGGCAGCCUCUCCGGCCAGCAGCUACGCAGGUCCAAGUGGCGCGCCGAGCCUAGCAUCCGUGAAACUGCCUGCUACAGAAACCCCGAUUCCUCCCCCGGUCAUCUCGCCCAGAAAAUCCAUUACGCCCAUCCUGCCUCCUGCGAGGGAAACCCGCAAAGCUCAAGCAGCCAGGGAACAGCAGCAGCUGCUGGAAGCAAGGGCUGCUCAAGUCGUCACGGAUCCCCUAUCCCGCUCGACCCGCUCGGCAAGCCCAGCGAUAGCAGCCAAGCCCGACCCCGAGGCUACCUCAAUGACAACGGUAUCGCGCCCAAGGUCCCGCGGCAAGGCCGCUAGUCAGGAACCGCAGGUUUCUCUAGCAGCAGACCGUCCCCGUCGCGCUAGUACCGCCCGGAACACGCCUGCGCCGGAAGCUGCUGCAACUGCCGCGGCUGGAGCAGCAACCGCGACCGGCGCAGUCGCGGGUGCUCGGCAACCAAGCAAGCGCACAAAGCGACCCGCCCCAGGCAUCAUCAGCCGCACCAACAGCGGCGGUAACAGCGCCGUAGGGCGGCGGAAGGCCGCACCGAGGAAGAAGAGUGCGCGGGCAGCGGCGAACAAGGCGGCUAAAGAUAAAGCGGAUAAUGCCGCGACGGGCGCCGGAGGGGAUGUCCUCGAGGUGGAGGUGGACGACGAAGGGAACCUGAUCGACCCGGACGAAGAGAGAUACUGUCUCUGCAACCGGGUUAGUUUCGGGACAAUGAUUCAGUGCGAUAACGAUAAUUGCGAGCGGGAGUGGUUUCAUCUCGAGUGCGUCGGGCUCCUGGAAAUCCCUGCCCGCACGACGAAGUGGUAUUGUCCUGAUUGCAGGAAGCUGCUGAAUAUCGGCGAGAAGGGGGAGGUCAGUGCCCGCGGGGUAAGGGCCUGA